AUGGCCUACGGUCGUCGAAACUUUGUCGCUUAUCAACGUGGAGGAGCAGCCGGCAGUAUUGUGGUUCCCAGCAGAUCGCUAGCGUCGUAUCGCAACAAGAUUGCUGCGAUUCUGCUUGUAACUGUUGUUUACACCGCCUUCCUCUACAAUUCGGGAGGCGCUCAACAUUUUCUCUCCAACGCCGGUGUCAAGCCAGAUUCCAGGGUUGCUCGAGCUGCUAGCGAAGGAAUGUCUGCCAUGAUUUCUGCAGGGAAAAAACUGACUGUGGCCACCUGGAACAUUGCUGCCAUUAACAACAAUCCAUUUGAGUAUUGGAUCACCUACAAGGAAAAUCCCAAAUAUGAGGAGCUCAUGAUCAAAGUCGAACAGUUCUUGGAAGAACCAGGGGAUCGUGAUGUCCCAGUUUCGGCUGUGUUUACUGAAAACAUGUUCACCCAACUUGAUACUCGAAUCAAGCAAGUGGGAUGGACCAGUAUGAGAGGAUACUGGGAUGACGACUUUAAAAACCGAAAGAUUAUUGCCCAGUUCAUGAAAGAUAAACUGCUCGGGUCCAAGCGAUUGGCAUCCAUGCCUGAUCGCAUUACCAACACCAUCAACAUUGAGGGUUCCAACGAACAAGUAUUCCGACCAACUGUCAUCAACAUGUACGAUGGGGAUCUGUCCAGUCUAGACAAGUGGUGGGCAGAAUGGGAACGAUUCAUGUUCGACGACAAAAUCAACAUUAAGACCAAGGAAGGUGUGGAAGAAAAGGAGCCAUUCAAAAUGCUACAACCCAUCAAAAAGGCCAAAUAUCCAGAUAUCACGGAACAAGAAGAAACAGACUCGCUCCCACUACAAACCUUGUGCGGAGCCAUCUUUGAUGCAAUUCUGGUGCACAUGAUGAACACGGUUUCGGACACGCCCGAACAAUGGAUGGAUCUAAAAAGGACCAUGGUGGAUGCCCUCAAUAAGCAAAAGGUACCGCAUACGCUGGGUAUCCUGGAAAAUCAAUACAUCAACUCGGAUAUCAUCACGCUGCAGGAAGUCUCCUCAUCCUUUAUCGAUCAAGCCAAGGCCGGUCGGUUGGGAAACACCUUCCACAUUGUUGCACCUGGGGCGCUGGAUGCUGUUCGUGAUCAAAACUCGGUCAUCUUUUUGAACAAAGAAACAUUCCCAGGAGGAAGUCAGAAGGAAAUCACUUCUAUUGUGGAGGGUGCAUUUCCAGAAGGGGAAAAGGUACCUGUCGCCAAUGGCGAUAUCCUCGCCAUUACCGCAACUAGCGCUCACAACGUUCCCUUUGUGGUAGCAUCUUUCCAUGGAGAUACCAAUGGACUUGCUACCAUUCCAGUUGUGGAUGCCAUUGUUAAAGCCAUGGGAGCGGACAAGGAGCUUGUCAGCCAUCGGCUAGUCUUUGGAAUGGAUGCCAAUACGUACGAAAAUGCGAAACCCAAAAAGCAACAAGAUGUCUUGGAAUUUGGAACCGCCUACCGUGCCCAUGGAUUGACUUCUUGCUGGGGUGACGUUCCCGACGCUUCCAACUACACCACUUACAAUGCACGUACGUAUCUUCAGCCUCAGUUGAACAAGGCUUGCAAACGCGACGAAAAGCGGGCCAAAGGUGACGUCAACCCCAAGGAUUUUAUUCUCUUUGCCAAGGACCAUUUCGCGGUGGAACAAGUGUGGAAGGACAACACUGGAAAGCGGGAAUACGUGGAAGAUAUGGCCUUCCCUACCCUUGAGUUUCCGAGUGACCAUGGCGUCCUUUCCACUGUGAUUGUGCCCAAGGAUUCAACAAUUUAA